AAGUGAAGUGGCGAAGAUGGCGGCGCAGAGAGAAGAAGACGCCGCUGAUUAUCUCAAAAAACACAAAAUAAUCGAGCUCAUGGACAACCUGACCAGCAUGCUCUUCUUCUACAGACCUGAGAAGCCCAGACAGUUUCUGAUUGAGCAGCUGGAACAGCUGAAGCUUUCUCAACAGAGCGGUGUGAAAGGACCAAAUCUGUUCAACAACUCCAACCUGGAUGCAGUCUAUGGGAUACUGGACCCUACUAAACAAAAAUACAUCACUUUUGCACAAUACAAGCAGGCACUGACCACUCUGGGCAUAAAAAACAUUAACGAAUGUCCUGAAGGUGCAAAUGAAGACAGAAUAUCCCAAGAGACUUUCAAAACAGAAGCGAUAAAAGGCCUACAGAGAUGCUCAGCAACAUACAAACAACCCUGAACUUUUAUUCCACUGAGUUAAUAUGUCAUGUAUAGAGUGUUAUAAUGUUGAAAUGCACCUGGAUAUUGUGAUUGAGAGUGGAGAACUGUGUUUGGUCAAAGGAGCACAUUUUACAUAAUUGUUGUUUUUAAACUACCAGUGGAGUUUUUGAGUUUUUGUGGAGUUUGUGUUUCAGGCAAUUUCAUUUUCAUUCAAGUAUAUUGACCAUCCUUUUCACAGUCAACAUUCAUAUAUUGUGGUGGACUUCCUUCUAAAAACUGGAGGUGAAGCCUCAAGAAAUAACACCAAUUCAUUAUCAUAAGUCUACAUCCUAUAGCUCAGCAUUUUGGUUCUAAUAAAUGAUUUUCCCUUUUCCUUCAUAAAUUGAAAAAAUGUUUUCCACUAACAAGGAUAUAUGUAGGUUUAUUGCUGAAAAUGACCUUUGGGAUUAUCUCUGAAGCUGCCCACCUCCCCAGACACUCAUGACCUUUUUAACCUCAUGACUCUGUAGGCCUAAACAUUCACAGUAACCAAGCCAAAAACAUAAGCAAUUCCUAGAAACACAAUGUAAAAUAAUGAUAAUGGUUACUCUGGUAAACAUAACAUUUU